CUUUGACAAGUUGCCUCUCUCAGAGUCACUGAAGAGCUGAGGGAGAAGGGCGAGGAGAUACCGUAUGUGCUAGGCCGGUAUUACAUACAAGAAGCGACAAGCUUCCAAUUAGCGAGAGAGGUGCGCUUUGUCUGCAUUCGGCCAAGUUGUAUCUUUCCUGGAAGAAGCCCACCUUGUAUCUUGAUUGCCCGGCGGAAUCGUUCCCGACAGGUUUGGGUCUCUGGCACAUUCUGCUUCUAUCAUUCUAUUACCCAUUAUCUCUCUUCUCCUGGAAAAGCGGCACGCAAACCCCACGCAAAUCGCAGCAAACUAACAAUCUCAAUUUCUGCCAUCAGCAGGGCCAGAAAUCAUGGCCACCUGCCAAAGUCUAGUGCAGAAUGCAGGGCAAGCCUCGUUGCUCAAGAAUGCCACUCCCUCUACUCCUUCACUGAAUUGUAGAAGUCAGGCACUGCUGCCUGGCAGGAGAUGUAGCAGGCAAGCCGUUGCAGAGGCUCAUCUUUCACAGUACAGCAGCUCAUAUGUGGGGAGAAGGAUAGCAAUGCCGGCCACAAGCGCAAGGAGGGAAGUGAACAGGUUAAGACGGGGUUUGGAGGUCAAGGCGGCGAAGAGGAAGGACAAAGAGCGGAGCCUGGUGCUUACAGUGACGUUGGCUGCGGAGGAGGGCAAGGAGGAAAAGGUGCAAGCGUUGUGCCGGGGUAUCGUGGAGCACUUCCGGCCGAUGGUAGCAGACUCCAAGUCGCCGGUGCGCGCGUUCGAGUGCAGCCAGGACGCAUAUGAGCCAAGCGUCUACCACUUUUGGCAGCGGUACGACGGCUUUGUGGAGAUGAACGAUGUGUAUGCGGGGCCAGAGUACACCAAGUUUCUGGAAGAGGUACGGCCGCUCCUAAAGGGUCCUGUCGCGCUAGCGGCGUACGAGUGGGUCAAUGGACAGCUGGGGCACAUGAUGAACCCUAUUGGUCCCAAGGGCGAAGGCGGUCUCGAUGACGCCACAGGCCAGGGGGGCAGCGGCGGGGGUGCCAGCUACAAGCAGACGGCGCAGACGGACCUCGGCAACGUGGAGCGCGAGUCGUGGGGGAUGGAGUCGAUGCAAAAAGGAAUCGACAAAGUCAAGAACAUGCUCGGAUUGGACAACCUGUUGUCAGGGAAGAAGUAGAAUGCAGUCCGCUGGUGAUCGUCGAAACUGGUGCAUACCAAUGGUUGUUCUCGUAGCGGCGGCGAAGGACACGGGCUCGCAAGGGCGCCAAGGCAAACAAGCUGAGAAGCUCUGUUGUUACUUGUCCUGAGAGACAGAGCUGCCUCGAGAAACACGCGAAAGUGUUCGGUUCAAGGGUUGAACAGCAUACAAUAAGGAUUCAGGGAGACAUGAUCGAACGAAUAAAAGAAGUCAUUUCUGAGAUCAUGCCGCGAUGUCCUGAUGAUUCAACUGGAACCUGCUGAUGACAUGCAUCAAGACGUACAACAACGCACUAUAGGGUUGUCUACCUGACAAUACCGAUGCAUGGAAUUUGGACUGGCC